CCAUAUUAGUUUCCAAAAGGCAUCUUUAAUGCUGCAAGCGAGCGAGCUGUGAGGCAGCAAGAAAGCGAGGCGAGCAGGAUUGCUAUCUUCGUGACAGCUUUUCCGCUUGGCAGGCUGCGUGUGAGCCGGGGAACUGGACUGGACUGUGGUGUUUCGUGGAGGAGGUGGGAGAGGAGUCGGAGGAGCAGGAGGGAGAGCUGAGAGGCAAGCUGGACAGAUGGAGGACGGCAUCCAACACCUGGGACACUGCAUGGUUGACAUGAAGGAACUGAGCGCCGACCCUGAAGGACUGAUUGCUGCCGGUGUUAUUCUCACGCCCAAGCUGCCUCAAGUGGAGUUGAGCCUUGCCUGUAAUGAUCUGGUGGCCUCGGGCAGAGACAGGAAGCCCAAUGCUUUGGUCCAGGUGGCUGUCAUAGAUCCACACCAGCAGCACCUCGUCACUCAGGCCUGCACAGAGAUAGUGGAGGCGAACAAAGACCCACUAUUUCUGACGGGGGUGACCUUCCCUUCAGAGUACCCUGCUAGCCCGGAGACACUAGUCAAGCUAACUGUGUAUGAUUCAAAGGACAAGAGCCAGGAAUCGAGCAACUUCCUGGGCAGUGCCACAUUUUCUGUCGGUGAUCUGCUGAGGGCUAAAGAUGAGCGACUGACCUUGAGUCUUAGGUCAUCUGAUGGUGUGUGUGCAGCAGGAACAGUGGUGGUGAGUCGUCUGAAGAUGGGGGAGAUGGAGGAGGUUGAUGUGGACCACAUCACCACUGACAUUCCACCGCAGAAGUGUCCCUUGGUUUGUGAUUCUGCGUCCCAUGCCUGCGUCGACAGAGAAAAUUACCCACUUACAGGACCAGUGUUCAAGAACCCGGUAUGCAAAGUGUACAGAUUUCAAACAAUGGACAGCAAGUGGAUGCUGGUGCGGGAACAAAUGGAGGAGUGCACGUUGUCCUUUAGCAUCCCAAGACAGCUGCUCUCACUGUACAUUCAGCAGGACAUGAAUAGGGUGCAGGACCUGAGGGAGCUGGGGGAGCUCUCUCCUCAUUGGGACAACCUAAGGAAGGAGGUGAUGGCCCGGUAUGGUGGAAUCAUCGGCUAUUACCAGGAGACUUUGGCUGAGCUGGACAAGAUUACCGGUCGAUCAUUCAAGCCAAGCUGCUGCAAAGCCCAGAAAUCUCUGGAGUUCAUCCCAAUAAACUUGCACACGCAGAGGAUGAGGGUGACGUGCCCCAGAAAAACAGGGAUCCUCAGCAGGCUCAGACAGGGUGCUUCGUCCUCACCCAGGCUGAAAGAUGCAUUCUAUGACAUUGUCACUGUCGGUGCCCCUGCAGCCCAUUUCCAGGGCUUCAAGUGUGGUGGUCUGCAGCGUCUGCUCAGCAGAUAUGAAGCAGAGAAAAAGAGCUUCAGCACUGCCUACCAGUGUAUCUACUACUCACCAGAGCACACAGCCAAAGCUCAGGAGGUACUCAGCACCGUGAGCCUCCUCCAGCCCCUCAUCACGAGCUCAGCGGACCAGCUCCUCCAGGCUGCCCAGGAGCGCUCUUCAACUGGACUAAAGGAUGUGCUCAAGAAGCUUUCUGACAAGACAGAGCAAUUUGUUCACACACUUAAGGAUGAAUUGGUCAAGAGUGCACUGCUAGCGCUGCAUGCAGCACAGCCCGGGUACGUUUCCAAGAACCAGAAGCCAACCCCAGCGCAGGCCGGCCAACAUCAAGGUCACGUCCACCAGUGCAGCGAGCAGAAUCCGAGCCCGGUGCAGGGACUCCCAGGCCACAGUCCAGCCACGUCCGUCACCGAGAGCACGGUGAUGUGUAAUAAUGUGGAUGGAUCACAAACCACGACAAAAGGCGAAGGUGGAACUCUGCCUCUGAAGCACCAAGACUCCAUACCGCACCACAAAGAGUACGACGAGGAGGAAUGGGACAGGGUGUGGGCCAACGUGGCCAAAUGUCUGAACUGUGUCAUCGCCAUGGUGGAUAAACUUCAGGAGGAAGACAACAACAGACAGGAGCCGGUCCCUGAGCAGCAGCUGGCUGAUGUCAUCACCUCACACAACCCUGGUGACUGGAAGGAGCAGCUGUGUCCUCUGGUGACCAGGUUAAAGGACUGUGUGAUGGAGGUGGUGGGGAAGGCCAAGAGAGCCAUGACUUUCGUGCUCCUGCAGGAGGCAGCCUGCAGCAUACCACAGGGCUUCCUCCUCCAGCAGAGGCGAGACGUGGUCUUCAGUCAGGCGCUGGCAGCCUUAGCCUGUGGGUUCGUCAUGAGGCUCUAUGCAGGAAUGGAGGACAAAGGAUUCCUGAGGCAGCUUCAGCUGGUCGGCCUAGUGGCUCAGUUUGAGAGCCUACUCAGCACCUACAGUGAAGAGAUCGGGAUGCUGGAGGACAUGGAGGUGGGAAUCUCAGACCUGCAAAGAGUUGUGUUCAAGAUCACAGAGGCCAAGACAGAUGACCUCAGUGACCUCCAGCCUUUAGUGUGUGGCCGCCGAGACCACUUCACCGUCGAAGUGCCAUUACCAAGACUGGUUUUCCAGACGUUGCCAGAGGAGAUAAAGGAGGGCAAACCUCUGCAAGUGUUCCCGGUGCUGUUUAACGUGGGCAUCAACGAACAGCAGACUAUAGCCGAGAGGUUUGGAGAUAUCUCCCUACAAGAGAGAAUAAACCAGAAGAACUUUGAGAUGUUAGAAGCCUAUUACAAAUCCUUAAGUGAAAAGGUGCCACUAGAAUGUCUACCAUGUUUUCAAACGCAGACUGACGUUAAGGAAUUACUUGAAACCCUGGGCCAGAAUGUAGUCACAAAGAAGAGGAAGAAUGUGGAGAUACUAUGGAUUGCUGGAUCGAUCUGCCGAAGGUUAAAUGGCAUCAGGUUCACCAGCUGUAAAAGUGCCAAAGACCGGACAUCCAUGUCUGUCACACUAGAGCAGUGCGCCCUCCUCCGGGAUGAACACCAGCUCAGCAAGGAUUGCUUCAUCCGUGCUCUGGAUUGUAUGCGGAGGGAGGGAUGUCGUAUUGAGAACGUUCAAAAGAACAUUAGAUGCAGGAAAUAUGCCUUCAACAUGUUGCAGCUGAUGGCCUUUCCCAAGUGCUACCGGCCACCGGAGGGGACCUACGGCAAAGUGGACUCGUGAGGGGAACACGUGCUGCGUGACCCCCAAGUGACUCCAAUGUUGAAAAAUGUACAAAUGAUUAUUCUUUGUUACCAUGGCAACCUGCUGGGUGUUUUACUUGUUUGGUUUUUUGGUUGCUAUAGUGUUUCAGGGUGGAUGUAUGUGUGUUCAGUCUCAGUACAGCGUGUGUCGCUUGCAGAAUUAAUGCACUUUGACUUUUUCUUGCCUUUUUAAUUCUCCAGGGUCUGUGCAGUGAUAAUCAGUAGACGUGUGUGCGUGCGUGUGUCCAUGAGUAUUUCACCUCAAUGUGUGCGCAUGAAAACUGUAUCUUCUGCAGACAUUUCAAUGAAAAACAUGAAGACUGAACUUCCAUGACACUUCCAGCCAUUUCAGUGGAGUGAACACUUCUCUCCAAAGGGAACUUGAACCUUUUCACAGCCUCCGACUGAGCAGACGGUGACUUUCUCUUAACGGGAGCAGCGUCACGCAUCCUGGUUCCAAACUUUUCAUGUGUUGUUGAUUGCCGGAUGUAUUUCCAUUAUGCUGGACCCAUCUGUCCCGGAGGAAUCGAAUGAACACUCCAGUGUUUCAAAGCAGAAGCUGAAUCCCGUCGCCUGUUGAUUAGUCACAUCCUCUCACUGGUUGCACUUAAAGCUUUUCCCACAAAAUGUUCGUAUCUCGAGGGACCGCUCAGUGAAACCACGCAAAGGACAGAUGGACGCUAGAAUAGGACGAGGGAAACGGACCGUCAUGUCUUUAAACAAAUUCCAUUAUUUAUUUUUGUAUUUUAAAAAUGAUUUUAUACUCUUAAGGGUUGAUACCUUGGACUGUAGCGCAUGUUUAAACUGUAUUCGUUUUGUUACACGUUCACAAAUGUCUAUUUAUAAUGGAAUAAAGAGAAUGGUUUGAUGGGGACGUUUGUGUAUUGAUGUAAUUUACUCACUGUUGUUCAGUUUCACAUUGUGCAUUUAAUUGAAUUAAAUGUAAUUGAGCAGUAAA